AGGCAGUUUAGUCCUUUAGUGUUCAGUCUGAUCCUUGAAAGUUACGAUUCAUAGUGUAUUUCGUGUAUUUUACAAUAGAAAUGUUAAAGUUUCGCCAAAUAGUUUGCUUUAUUUUAUCGCUGCUGUCGUUUAUAUCGGUAUUUUACUCAGUCGGUAAAUUGGGCGUCUUUUUGGCCGCUCCUGUUCAGCCCGAUUUAAAAAAUGUUUUGCUGCACCAUUUACUUGACGAUCGUGAGCUGCAAAAAGCUACGCUCUUUUCUUUGCUGUUUAAUUCAGUUUGGGUAAUUCUGUUCGUACUUCAACACAGUGCCAUGAAGGCGCAAGUGCUAAAAAAUGUUUGGCAAAAGUUGGGCUUGGAAUUGGCCGAACGAAGCAUCUACAACAUUGCAUCUUCCUAUUGCCUCCUAAUUCUUCUAAAAAAUUGGAAGACAACACAAUCGUACCAAUUAUGGUUUGUGGAUGUCCAACAAAGCCCUACACUCUGGUGGACUUUUGUAACUGCUCACAUUCUCGCAUGGACCGUCAUCUACGGCGGAAGUUUACUUAUGGAUUUGCCAGAAUUGAUCGGACUUAAGCAAAUAUAUUAUGACAUCAAUGAUCUGGCGCCACCCAUGAGUUACAAAUCACGAGAACUUCGUCACUUCUAUGAAAGACUGCGGCAUCCUUCAUUCGUCGGGCUUUCGGUAGUUUUGUGGAUCACAAACAGUAUGAGCUUGGAUCGUCUACUGUUGGCAGUUGUUUGGACAGCCUACAUGUAUCUUUCCUGGAAUACCAACAAAACGGAUCUAGAAUAUCAGAAGUACCAGUUGACUCGCAAAAAGGUGGAAUUGGCCGGUGUGGACAAAUGAGAAACCAAAAGAAUUCUUUAGUUUAUGAAAACAGUUUAUGCCUCAAAUAAUAAUUUAUUAUGAUGUAUGUGUUUAGGUUAUUACCACCUUCUGACUCAACUAAUAAUUUAUAGAGCUUGAACUUAUCAAGUAUUGGUAUCUACUUUUUGGUUUAAUAAGAAUGCUUUAUUCACUUAGAAAUAUACUUAAGAUCAGUAAUAUUCUUUUUUUUUGUAAUUCAUGCAUAUGCAUACUUUCUUUGUAGAAGUAGAUUUAUACUGGCCGCUUAAGUUGCGGUGGAACCUAUUCUCGAUCAGUGCUAGUAGGUUUGUUACUCUGGAGUUUUGAAAAUGAUACCUAAUCAUUCAACUGAUUAAAUGGUAAGACCUCCCUACUUAAACAAGCAGCCGCUAUUAUUAUUUGCACCAUUAAUAAU